UGGCUGACGGGCAUCAUAGCUGUGACCGGGUUUCUCUUCCUCAUCUUCGUGGCGUUUCUGGUCAACAAGGCCUGGUGUCAAGACUCGAGGUGAGCCAAGACACCACAACACUUGACCAUCUCCACAGUCCACACAGCUACUGUAGUAGGACAGUCAACGUCUGAAAACGUUUCUUGGCGUCAAAUCCUUGCUUCUGCUGUCCUUCUUUGCGCAAUUCAUCAUCCCACUCUCAAAGCACAUUGGAGGAGAGGAUCCAAGGUUACUGUCUCGGACCUGCUCUGCCAAUGACCUACCUUUGAGAACGAGGUGAGGAAUCGAGGAAGCGAGGAUUUGACAGCUAAGGUUUUCAGACAUGGCCAUGCACAUCAUGGUCCUAAAGUAAAUCAUUUAAGAUGUAAUGAGUGUUGGGACACAAGUAUUGGGUCUUUAGAGUCUCUAGCCCAAUCUCGUUUUUCCACCUGCACCCAACGACAUGAGAUUGACAAGACGUUAUAAUUGGUUCUGAAUCUGAACGUAAGGGAGCAUUCUUACUGUAUGUUUACCAUCUGUUCUCGAUUGCAUGAAGGCCAGAGACCAAAGAAUGUGAGUGUGGGAAGACCCCUGGCUAUGUCAAGACCAAUGGAGACCACUAUGAUACCAGUCUGGACAUGUUCAGGUAAGAUGCCACUUAUUUCCACUUCAUCUCUCUUGUUUUGUGGUCUACAUUUCUAACAGUACUGGUGACCUACAGAUAAAUAAUGUUGGUGAGUGUGCAAUUACAGUAGGGCUUGUGUUCUAAUAGGUGUGUGUGUGUGUGUGUGGGUCCCACAGGAGCAGCGAUCACGAGAGUGCAUAUGAGAACAUGGACGUUGAAGGCAUUGAGGACAAAGUCACUACCAUGUGA